GUUGGGAGCGGGGGAUGAACAUUUAAGAUCUACUCUUUUAGCAAAUUUCAAGUAUACAGGAGAAUAUGAUGAAUUAUAGUCACCAUGCUGUACAUUAAAUCUCCAGAUUUUUUCAUCUGCAUAAGUGAAACGUGAGUGCCUUAAAUUUAUAGUAACUUUAAUUAUGAGCUAGGAUAAGAAGUUAAGAAACAACCCAGAAGACCCCUUGUGGCACAGUGGGAUAAGAAUCUGGCCACUGUUGGCAUGGGUUGGAUCCUGGGCCUGGGAACUCCCACAGGCAGUGGUUGUGGCCAAAAAGAAAAAAAGAAAAAAAAAAAAGAAAAGAAACAACUCUUUUUCAGUGGUUUCAGUGUUUACUGUUGAUUGUAAUUAAAGGCUGAGAAUCAUUGCAAUGCCCAUCGUUAAUGUUUUGCUAAAUAAUAUAGACACUUCAUAUACACUAAACCACACCAUAGAACAAAACACUAUCUGUAUUAGAAAACACUAUUUACCAUUAGGGAAAAAAUGAGGUAAGUCUAUAUACUAAAGUGGAAUAAUCCUCAGGAUAUAUCCAGUGAAAAAACUAUGGUACAGAACCAUUCUUUUUUUUUUUUUUUUUAAUGGCCACACCCACAGCAUAUGGAAGUUCCCAGACCAGGGAUUGACCCACCCUGCCAUAGAGACAAUGCAAGGUCCUUAACCCACCGCACCACAGUGGGAACUCCAGCACCAUUCUUUAAUUCUGCUUGUUUUUCCCUUUGCUAUACUCAAAUAUAUUUUCUCUUCUUUUUUGAUUUUUUAAAAAUCAACCUUAUUGUCUUUUUCUGGGGGGGCGAACUUAUUGCAUAUGGAAAUUUGCAGGCGAGGGGUCCAAUCAGAGCUGCUGGCCUAGGCCACAGCCACAGCCACACCAGGUCUGAGCUGCAUCUUCGACCUACACCACAGCUCACAGCAAUGCUGGAUCCUUAACCCACUGAGCAAGGCCAAGGAUCAAACCUGUGUCCUCAUGGAUUCUAGUCGGCUUCAUUACUGCUGAGCCAUGACAGGAAUUACCAAUAUUUCCUUUAAAAACAUGGCUUAUAGUCUCAGCAUCUUUGUGUCACACUCAAAAGUAGGGUAGCACGUCCUUCUCAGGCAGUUCUGCCUAGAAAUCAGCACAGCAGGAUCUGUUGCACCUCUCCUCCCUUGGUGCAACUGUUGCAAACACAGUGAACAAUCAGUCCACAAUUGGGGACAGGAGAAAGAACAUCAGCUCUGGAGUCAGUUCAGACCUGUGUCUGCGGCCCAGCUGAAAUCGUGAGCAACUCCUUCAGUCUGACAUGGCAGAAAAACCAAUGCGUAUGUCCACACAAAUACCUGAUGAUGAAGAUACAGAGAAAGAAGAUAAUAUCCGUUGCUUAACUAUGCUUGGUCAUUUUGGUUUUGAUUGUUUGCCUCAUCAGUUGGUGAACAAAUCUGUUCAACAAGGAUUCUUUUUUAAUAUUCUCUGUGUGGGGGAAACUGGGAUUGGAAAAUCAACACUGAUUGACACACUGUUCAAUACUAAUUUGAAAGACAAAAAAUCCUCACAUUUUUACUCAAAUGUUGGACUUAAAAUUCAGACAUAUGAACUUCAGGAAAGCAGUGUCCAGUUGAAAUUAACUGUUGUGAAAACAGUGGGGUAUGGUGAUCAAAUAAACAAGGAAUCCAGCUACCAGCCAAUUGUUGACUACAUAGAUGCUCAGUUUGAGUCCUACCUUCAAGAAGAAUUGAAAAUUAAACGUUGUUUUGCUGAUUAUCACGAUUCCCGUAUCCACGUGUGCCUUUACUUCAUUUCACCUACUGGACACUCUCUGAAGUCCCUUGAUCUGUUAACCAUGAAGAACAUUGACACUAAGGUGAACAUUAUACCACUGAUUGCCAAAGCAGAUACCAUUUCUAAAAAUGAUUUACAGAAAUUUAAGUGUAAGAUAAUGAGUGAAUUGGUUAGUAACGGCAUCCAGAUAUACCAGUUCCCAACAGAUGACGAAGCUACCGUUCAAAUGAACUCCUCCAUGAAUGGACUCUUACCUUUUGCCAUAGUAGGAAGUAUGGAUGAAGUGAAAGUUGGAAAAAGAAUGGUCAGAGGCCGUCAGUACCCUUGGGGAGUUUUGCAAGUGGAAAAUGAAAAUCACUGUGACUUUGUCAAGCUGCGGGAUAUGCUUCUUUGUACAAAUAUGGAAGACUUGAAAGAGCAAACCCACACCCGGCACUAUGAACGGUAUAGGUGCUGCAAACUCCAGAAAAUGGGCUUUGUUGAUGUGGGACCAGACAACCAGCCAGUUAGUUUUCAAGAGAUCUAUGAAGCUAAAAGGCAGGACUUCUUUGAUCAAUGUCAGAGGGAAGAAGAAGAACUGAAACAGAAGUUUAUGCAGCGAGUAAAGGAGAAAGAAACAGCAUUUAAAGAAUCUGAAAAAGAGGCAAGUCCUGCUAGUUUGAUAUAAUUUGUAUUAUAUUAAGUUUAGGUGCCCUAUUAAAUUGGGGGUUUUAAUCUCAAGAGUUUAGAUAAUUUUGCUGGAGGAAACUUGCUACUCUUCAAAAGGUAGCUAUUUACUGUAUAGGUAAGCCAUAUAUUACUAUAUAGGUUUUGAGUACAGACUUUAAAAAAGUAUAGUCUGUAAUUUUAUUUUUUUUCUAGAGCAUUUUGGAGAGUUUGCUUUUUUAUUUUUGUUGUUUUAAUUUUAUUUUUUUUUUGUGUUGU